AUGCCAAAGCCCAUACCCGAUCGUGGCCCGCCAAAUCGUGCGCCAUCACAACAAAGCAGUCAUCUCGGCACACUCAGUACAACACAGAGCGCUUUACCCCUCACAUCACGCGGUAAAGUAGCGCUAAAACCAGGACACUCACCGCUUGACUGGGCGCGGUUAUGCAAUAGCGAAGAUCUACGUGGUGUCUCUGGGUUCAUGCGAAUUACCCCCUCAGAGCUUGCAAAACACGCGCGGCGGUCCCAAGGCGUCUGGAUGGCGCUGGGUGGUCGCGUGUAUAAUUGCUCACGGUAUAUUGAUUUUCAUCCCGGUGGCGCAGGACAGCUUUUGCGUGGUGCUGGGAAGGAUGCGACGCAGUUGUUUAUGGAGACGCAUGGAUGGGUGAAUUUCGAAGGGAUGCUGGAGAAGUGCUUGAUUGGGAUUCUUGUGCCUGAGCCGGAGCCGGUCUGA